AAGCUAGUUUCGUUGGAGGCUGAAGCUCAGCGAACGCGCUCGCGUUAAACUCUAGUUUUCGAGCUCUCUAUCAUUUUGCCUGAAGCCAUGUCGAGGAGAAAGGUUAGGGAGCCUAAGGAGGAGAAUACUACCCUUGGACCUGCUGUUCGAGAGGGCGAAUAUGUUUUUGGGGUGGCUCACAUUUUUGCUUCAUUUAAUGACACAUUUAUUCAUGUGACUGAUUUGUCUGGAAGGGAAACAAUGGUUCGCAUAACUGGUGGUAUGAAGGUGAAAGCCGACAGGGAUGAAUCUUCUCCUUAUGCGGCUAUGCUUGCUGCUCAAGAUGUUUCUCAACGCUGCAAGGAGUUGGGUAUUACUGCCCUUCAUAUAAAGCUCCGAGCUACCGGAGGGAACAAGACGAAGACCCCAGGUCCUGGUGCCCAAUCAGCACUUCGAGCCCUUGCUCGUUCCGGCAUGAAAAUUGGUCGAAUAGAGGAUGUUACCCCUAUUCCCACGGACAGUACCCGCCGAAAGGGUGGCAGACGUGGAAGAAGGCUGUGAUUCUCUGCUUCAUAUAUGUUACACAGCUAUGGCUGCAGUGAUGCUUGGAAUUAUCUUUCUCUAAUGAACAAUUUUUCAUUUACAAUCAAGCUUGUUUUGCCUAUUUCACUUGCUGAACGUUAGUUUCUGGAGUGGAUUUUAAUCUUUUAUCUGGAAAGACAAUCUUUGGAACUACCAUUUAAUAUUCUUAGUUUUCUAUGUGGAGGAUGUGGUUGUGGCCUUAUCGCCAAUGAGAACUUCCUACUUGUUCAAUGGUGAUAAUAUUUUCAA